UUUCAGUGUCCGAUAUUUCCGUGUUUAUAAAUUUAUCGGUAGUUCAGACAAGGAUUAGAGUUUCUCUCGCAUCGUCACUAAUUCUAUUUACUAUUAACUACACAAAGAUWCGACGAUGGCAGUUGACGGCCAGAAAUUACAUUACGAGGGGGUMUUAGAGAAAGCAGGCAAGAGAUUUUUUGAGGGUUUUAGAAAAAGAUGGUUUAUUYUGGAUGGAAAGAACUUGUCAUACUACAAAGCACCCCAAACAACGCCAGAGAAUCUACUUGGAAUUAUUGAUCUUACCAAAGUCAAAUCUGUCGUCCCUUUCAAAAUGAUAAAUAACAAUGCUUUCCAGAUAAUUACUAGUAUGAGAACAUAUACCUUUACGGCUGCUACUCCACAGCUUAUGACUGAAUGGAUUAGCGUUCUGCGCCAAGCAAUGCAGAUUGAAAGCUUUAACAACAGGAGAGGGAAAUCCAGUGUUCGCGCUUCUUCCGAAGAAGACUCSGGAUACGAAGUAGUGUCAAAUAGGAACUCGAGUAGCAGCGACCAAGCAACCAUCGAUGAUAAUCUGUACGACCAAGUCACGAGUGCAAGUAAAAGCAAUGUUCCUAUGGGGUCGWCUAUGGGUACAUAUGGGUCGGUUGGUGAUCAACAGGGUGAUUUUUAUGAUACUGUGAGCCCUGUAAAGACUAAUCCUACAACUAAUGUGUCUGAGCAAGGAUCCUAUGGCAUAGUCGGAGGACCACCAAUAGACACCCCUAAAGCCCCAGAUAUGUACGCUACAGUUCAAAAGAAACGAUCAUCAUUAUCCGAAGAAAUCACGGAGGGAACCGAAGAAGAAGCGAUGUAUGCGGAAGUGGGCGAUGGAACAAAGCAAUCAAAGACCGAAGUCAUUCCGAUGCCAAUUAUCUGCGAAAGUGAUGAUGACGAAGAAGAGGAGGAAGAAGAAGAAACAGACAAAAUCUUGGAUGACGAAAAUCUUGAGCUCAUAAAAGAUCCUUUGCCUCCCCCGAGGAAGGACUGUUAUGCUGUCGAUCAGAUUAAACUCUUACUAAAGGACGUAAAUCACAAUAUGAAAACAAAUCAAGAAUGCCGCUUUGAAGAUAUCACAGAAAACAACCUCAUACCUGAAUCCAGCGAAAAAGCAUUUGAAAGAUUGAGAGAGUUUCUAGACAAACUUGAUACGAAUGAACAGUAAAUUCUAGAAUUGCACAUKAACUUUCGARCAAUUCAAGGGCGUGCACGCACGUGUCAGCACGCCGCAUGUAAACAAAAACAAGGUUAUGCUGUAACACCAUCACAGUAGUCUUCAUCCAGGACUGUAUAGUAGUAGAAAAUCGUUUGUAAAUAGUCAUUUUUUCUAGCUUGUUUUGAUAAGUAGAUAUUUUUAUAUAUUAUUUAUGUAAAAAAAAAAACUAAAUGAAAUACAAAAUGUAAUAGUCGAUAAUUGUUUCUAGUGAAAAAAGUCCACCAUCCUGAGUCCUUUGUUUCAGAUUUUACUAAUUUACGUCAUGCAAUCUUGYAGAGAUUGCGUGACGUGACAUAAAAUUGUCAAAAUUGAAUAAUAAGCUGAAACAGUGGUUACCAACAAUAAAAUGCCGCUAUCAUUCUCG